AAUAAAGUCUCUUUUGUGUCUCAUACGAAUCGAGAUAGACGUGUUUUUUGAUUUAAAAAGAUCCGGAUACAACAUUGGCGUACGAGGUGGGUUUCCAUAUUGAAUUUUGGCUAAUUUUGGUGAACUGUUACAGAGCAAUGGAGUCAGUACGAGCUGUUAAGCCGUUUGAUAUAAACAUUGAAGACAAUCAACAAGCAACGGAGUGGGCUAAAUGGAAAAGACAACUUGAAUGCUAUUUCAGUGCCUGUAAUAUAACGGAUCAAUCGGAAAAAUUGGCAAAACUACUAUUUCUUGGUGGUCCUGAUUUGCAGGAGCUGCAUGACAAUUUGCCUGAAGCCAAACGAGUGCCUUUAGUGCUUAGUGAACCUCCUUACUACGAUGCAGCUGUCACUGCCUUCGAUACUCAUUUCGAACCCAAGCGUAUGGUUGCAUACGAACGGUAUGUGUUUAGGCAGAUGGCACAGAAACCAUCUGAAAGGUUGUCUGAUUUCACAUUGAGGUUAAGAAUACAAGCAAAACGAUGUGAUUUUUUGCCGAACGUGUUGGAGGAAAUGAUAAUUGAUCAGAUAACAGAGAAGGGUAAUUCAGAUACGUUGCGAAUGGAGAUAUUGAAAAGAGAUGUACGGUCGUUGAAUGAAAUUAUAGCUCUGGGUACCGCUAUGUCUGAAUCCAAAGUGAAAUCGAUGCAGAUGACAAAUAAAGGACAUGCCUAUCGAGAGGAAGUGAUGGUUCAAUCGGUGAAACAACAGCGUCGGGGUAAUUUUGUAUAUCCAUCGCGUACUCCGGUCAUGAACCGUGGAGUUUUAAUGACAUGCCACGCUUGUGGACAUCCAGGGCAUCUGAAGGCCAGCAAAUGGUGUCCGGCAAUAGGAAUAAAGUGCAAUAGAUGCCACCAAAAUGGUCAUUAUGCGAAGUUUUGUUCUAAAUUCAACCAACCCCAAAACCAAGAACCCUUGCAUCGGCACAAAAGAUCGUUUUAUGAGGCUGGGAGGACAGAUUGGCACAACCCUCCAGCAAAACGUAUCCGAACGGUAACAGAGAGCAACGUGGACUGCCAAGAAGAUGCGAAUAUUUUUUAUGCAAUGGGACGCAACGUAUUUCAUUUCCGCAUAGGAGGGGUCAUAGUUCCGAUGACCAUAGAUUCCGGAGCCGACGCAAACAUAAUUCCAGUGCACAUUUGGCAGCAGCUGAAACGAGUCGAUGUUCAGGCUUAUGAUUGGUCCAGGCAACCUGAUCGCAUACUCAAAGCCUAUGCAAGUAGUGAACCGCUGAAAGUCAAGGGCAUGUUCAAUGCAGAAAUAGAAGCGGGUGACAACACAACAAAAGCGAAGUUCUACGUUGUAGAGGGAGGUAAGCAAUGUUUACUAGGUGAAGAGACAGCUCGUGAAUUGCAAGUUUUGAAAAUUGGAUUCAAUGUUGGUGCCAUCGAUCAAUCGCCAAAGGAGUUUCCCAAAGUGAAGGGGGUGCUGUUGGAAAUUCCCAUUGAUCCAACAGUACAGCCUGUUCAGCAACCUUAUAGACGGGUCCCGAUAACCCUGGAAGGCUUAAUUGCGGAAAAGUUGCAGUUUUUGCUGGAGCAAGGCAUUAUAGAGCGUGUCACUCAACCGUCGGCCUGGGUUUCCCCUUUGGUUCCUGUGCUUAAAGAUUCUGGAGAAGUCCGACUUUGCGUUAAUAUGCGUCGAGCAAACCGAGCAGUUUUGAGAGAGAAGCAUCCUCUUCCAGUCAUCGAGGAGUUGCUAGGUAGCAUCAACGGGGCUGUACGUUUCUCAAAGGUGGACAUUAAAGACGCCUACCACCAAAUCGAGAUCUCGGAGCGAUCGCGUGAGAUAACAACCUUCAUUUCGAAAUACGGUUUAUUCAGAUAUAAGAGGCUUAUGUUUGGCGUUUGCUCAGCUCCAGAACUUUUCCAAAAGGUUAUGGAAACAAUAGUUGCGGGUUUAGAAGGAGUUGUUGUAUACCUUGAUGACUUGGUGGUAUUCGGAAAAUCGGAAGAAGAACAUGCAACGAGACUACAGACUCUUCUAGACAGGCUGGAAGAAUACGGAAUUUUGCUGAACUCAAAGAAAUGUUUAUUCAACGUUAACAAGCUCGAGUUUCUAGGACACGAAUUGUCAGAAAAAGGAAUCAGACCAACAGAGAGCAGGGUCAAAGCAAUUGAACAGUUCCGUUCUCCUUCAAACAUCGCUGAGCUGCGAAGUUUUUUAGGUCUGGUAACAUACGUCGGUCGAUUUGUUCCUAAUUUAGCUAGUAAAACUGAUCCCUUGCGAGAUCUGCUACGGAAGGGAACGCUUUUCAAAUGGAGUAACGUCCAUCAAAACGCUUUUGAUUCAAUUAAGGCAGCAAUAUCAUCAGUAGAUUUUCUCCGAUUUUUUGAUCCCAAGGAUACGAGUUUUCUCAUCGUGGACGCAAGUCCUACUGGAUUAGGGGCAGUUCUAUUGCAAGCAAAUAGUAAGAAUGAAAAACGUAUCAUUGCUUUCGCCAGCAAAGCGUUGACCGACCUCGAGAGGAAAUAUUUUCAGACCGAGAGAGAGGCCUUGGCUCUUGUUUGGGCUAUUGAAAAGUUUCGCUUAUACUUGCUGGGAGCUACAUUCAAACUCAUCACCGACUGUAAACCUUUAGACUUUCUAUUCAGUCCACGUUCCAAACCGUGUCCACGCAUUGAAAGGUGGGUAUUACGAGUGCAAUCAUACAGGUUUGAUGUCAUAUACCAGCCUGGAGCUACAAACCUGGCUGAUGCGUUAUCCCGAUUGUCAGUUUCUAAGCCAGAGCCUUUUGACGAUGAGCAUGAAGCAUUCAUAAAAGCUUUGGUAGCUACGACCGUGCCGAAGGCAGUUACAGUCCAAGAAAUAGAGAAGCACACAGAGCAAGACACAUCACUUCAGGAGCUUAUAUCAGUUCUCGAUGGAGCUAAAUGGACGGGAACUGUAAAAUGUUUCAAACCGUUCGAAUCAGAAUUGUAUCGAUCUGGAAACAUUCUGAUGAGAGGAAACCGUCUAAUUGUACCAGAAGCCCUGCGAUCACGGGUACUUGAGCUCGCUCACGAAACACACCUUGGAAUCGUAUCAAUGAAAAGGCGACUGCGACAGAAGGUGUGGUGGCCAGGAAUCGACAAACAGGUAGAAAUGUUAGUAAAAAAAUGCAAAUCCUGUACAAUUGUAUCAGCACUUGACCCUCCGGAACCUCUAAAAUCCACAAACAUGCCAGAAAGACCAUGGGUGGACUUAUCUGCAGACUUCGUCGGACCGUUGCCAUCCGGAGAUAAUCUCUUGGUCAUCGUAGAUUAUUUUAGCCGGUUUAUAGAGGUUGUCGUUCUGAAACAAACCACUGCAAGUUUGACAGUCAAAGCCUUGCAUGAGACAUUUUGCCGCUUUGGAAUGCCGGAGAGCCUAAAAACAGAUAAUGGUCCCCAAUUCAGAAGCGAUGAAUUCAAAAAUUUCUGUGAUCAAUAUGGUAUCAAACUUCGUAAUAGUACACCAUAUUGGCCUCAAGCGAACGGUGAAGUGGAGCGAGUGAAUGGAAUGUUGAAAAAGCAUUUAAAGAUAAGCCAGGUGGAGGAUACAGACUGGAAGUGGGAUCUCCGAAUGUGUGUACUGACGUAUAAUUCAACACCUCACUCAACCACCGGGGUGGCACCUUCCGUAUUGAUGUUUGGUCGGGUUAUGAAGGAUAAAUUACCAUCUAUUUCAGUAGAUUCAGGAAAAAUUUUGGAAGAAGUGAAGGACAGAGAUAGAGAACAGAAACAGAAAAGCGAAGAAUACACAAAUGUUAGACGACAUGCAAGGAAUAGUAAUCUUCAAUCUGGUGAUAUAGUUGUUGUGAAGAGACCAAUGAAAGAACACAAGCUCGCAUCCAACUUCAGCCCAGAGGAGUGGGAAAUUAUUGAUAAGAACGGAUCUGACGUAACGCUGCGUUCCAAGAUAUCAGAUCGAGUAAUUCAUAGAAAUACAGCUCAUUUAAAACGGCUUCAUUCACGAGACGAUGAGGAUGUCCAGAUAUCUUCAGAAGACGAUGGUGCCGAGGGUGUCCAGGAUCAGUCGGAGAACAUACUCGUCCAAUAA